AAUCGCAAAUGUCAUUUUUCACAACUUUAAAAAAUUGCUGUAUAUGCGGUGUGCAUUUCGCAUGCCUGUUUGAAUUUCCUGGUAAAAUAAUAUAGUUUUUGCUGUAUAUUCCGCACACCUAGACUGAUAAAAUAUUGUAAAAUGCCUCCAAAAAAGCCCGCACCCGGUGCUUCGAAAAAGGCGGAGACUAAAAAGAAGGAAAAAAUUAUCGAGGAUAAAACCUUUGGGUUGAAAAAUAAAAAGGGAGCUAAACAACAGAAAUUUAUCUCCCAAGUAGAGAAGCAGGUUAAAAGCGGAGGACAGCAUAAUUUGAAUGUCAAUCCAAACGCUAAGAAGGAGGAAAAGGAGAAAAAGUUGAAGGAACAGAAGGAGCUGGCUGCUCUUUUCAAACCCGUUCCAACGCAAAAGAUCGAAAAGGGCGUUGAUCCUAAGUCGAUCCUCUGUGCAUUUUUCAAGCAGGGUACCUGUACCAAGGGUGAUAAAUGCAAAUUUUCCCACGAUCUGUCUAUUGAACGAAAAGCGGAAAAACGAUCGAUUCACGUGGAUAUGCGUGAUUCCGAAAAUGAUACGAUUGAAAACUGGACCGAAGAAAAACUCGCAGAAGUUGUGGCAAAGAAGCACGCUAAAGAAAAGAAUAUGCCAACUACUGCUAUUAUUUGCAAAUAUUUCUUGGAUGCGGUAGAACGUUCACUCUACGGGUGGUUUUGGGAAUGCCCAAACGGUGAAAAGUGCAUAUACCGGCAUGCACUGCCUCCAGGAUAUGUGUUGAAGAAGGAUAAAAAGAAAAUGGAAGCGGACAAGGAAGAAAUUUCGCUGGUUGAUUUGAUCGAAACAGAACGUGCUGCUCUCGGGUCGAAUCAGACUCGGGUCACGUUAGAAACAUUCCUUGCCUGGAAGAAACGUAAACUGAUAGAAAAGAAGCAACGCGAGCUCGACGAUGAAGAGCGCAAACGAAAGGACUUUAAGGCCGGCCGACAGAAUGGACUUUCUGGAAGAGAAAUGUUUAGCUUCAAUCCCGAGUUGGUUGAGUUUGGCAUGGAUGAGGGUGAAGAUGCGAUCGAGAGCUACGGCCGAAAUGAAGAUGAUGAUGAUGCAACUGAAUAUAAAGAGUUGGAUUUGAAUAUGCUUUCGUUGUCUAUCAAAGAAGCGGAUAAUACUGGUACCGUGGCUGAGACGGAUCGAUGGGAGAAAAUGAACGCUAACAAAUCUGUAACUACUAACGGUGAGACUGAGGAGGGUGCAGUAGCAACAACCGCGACUGGAUCAGCGGAUGCAGCUCCAAUAAAUGAGAAUCUGUUCCUCGAAGAAGAUCUCGAAGGAAUUGAUGACGAACUCAGCGAUGACGACGAUGAUGAUGAUGAUGAUGAUGAUAACGAUGAAGGUCCACAAAGUGAAAAAUCCUGAUACUAGUAGCUGAAGAACUGUGUAAAAUUUUGUCGAUUGCUACAUUGCACAACAAUGCUUUGUACAUGGAAUGCCUUCGAACUGUCGAGGCUAUUGUUCUACAAUUAUUGGAAACAAACACACAAUUAAACGCAA